AUGGAGGUGCCCCACUCGCCGCACUGGUCACCUUUGAAGGACCUUACUCGGAUCUCGGACGCCGGCGCGACCGAGGAUGAGCGCACGGUCCACGCUAGCGUCGAGCUGAAGUCGACGGAAACUGAGAUCAAGUCGCACCGCUGCCCGAUAUGCUACCAAACCAUGCUGAUGCCGAAGAGGGCUCCGAACAUCCUCAUGCCGUGCGGUCAUACCUUCUGCAACGCGUGCCUCAACGCGCGCGACGAUCCGAGGUGUCGCACGUGCGGCGACCGAUGGCGUCACAGGGUUCCAAACCACCAACUGCAGACGACGAUACAGGCCUACGUCGACGCGACGGCGACGGCGGCGGCAUCCUUCGAGGACUCCGUCAUUUGGACGAGCGGCGAUCGCGGUGCGCCGGUGGCCUCGUCCUCGUUCGACGCCGCGCUGGCGCGCGCGCACGUGCGGUGCGAGCAGCUCCGGGAGCGGAUGCGGGAGGGUGAGGCGGCGCAGACGGCGGCGCUGCACCGGGAGGACGUAGAGGCGAGACACCUGCUGGUGCUGCAGUGCGACGAGGACAACGCGAGGGUGCGACUGGCGGAGGUUGCGCGAGAGCUCCGCGAGGCCCACGCGGCGGUGGAGGCGCAGCGGGCGGUGUGUGCGGGGAUCGCGAACGAGGUUCGGAUACACGGGUCGUCGGUGAGAAGCGCGGGGGAGGCGCUGGCGGCGGUGGAGCGGGGACGGGAACGGCUGGUAGCCGAAGCGGAGGGAAGCGCGGAUGGGAGGACCAAGCCGGCGACGCUCCCCGGGACGCACACAGCUGUGUCGCGUUAA